AUGGUUCGAAUUCGUCAUCAAGAAAAGGAAUUCUACCUCAGUUGGAGAUUCAUUACUAGUUUCUGUUCAUUACUACGUUACCUAUAUCCUCGAUUCGAGUAUGCAGCCUUUCUCACGAUACUCACGAUUAUUUCCGCCGGAGGAUAUACAAACAUGUCUCUGUGAGAAACAACGCAGAAGAGUCGGCUUUCUAUAGCGCAGCAGAAUUCGACAAGCACGAAAGUGAUCGAUUCUUCGUUUUUUUGCUGAAACGACAACUGGGUGCUACUUUAUGGAAAUAUCCAGCACAAUUUCUACAAAACUUUUUCGACUACUAUGGUGCCAUUAUCAGUUAUGUUAUUCAAUUGUUUCCAAUAUUCAUUUUUCACACUUAUGAUAAUAUGGAUGCCGCCGUACUUGGUAAACAAAUCAGUAACAAUGCGUUUUACUUCAUUUACCUGAUCAACAGUUUUACUCGACUAACAGAUUUAGCUAUGAACAUUGGAGAGAUGGCAGGCUAUUCUCAGAGGAUA